AUGUUUUGGUUGAUAGUACUUAUAACGUGGUCAGUAUUCUCAUGGAAUUUCUAUCUUUCUUUGCGACAGUAUCGUGUUCAUCGUGAUACAGCAAAACGACCAGAUGAAGUGAGCGAAAUAAUGAGCGAAGAAGAAUAUCGAAAAGCUCGAACAUACAGACUUGACAAGCAUCGCUUUUCUUUUGUACACUCUAUAUAUUCGCAGUUAGAGUUGAUGGCAAUUCUGAUAUUCUGCUUACCUCAGAUUCUAUGGAACAAAAGUGGAGCUUUCAAUCUGAAAUUUGGAUAUACGAGCGAAAUUGCGCAAACAAUAACCUUCAUUUCGUUAGCAUCGGUGAUUGAAUAUCUAAUCAAUAUGCCGUGGGAGCUAUACGACACAUUCGUAAUCGAAGAACAACAUGGGUUUAAUAAGCAGCUGUUAAUGACGGUUUAUCCCGAAUUCAUAGCUCCAUUGUUCGACAAAUAUGUUCCACUUCCUGAAAGUGAGCUGAAGCAAAAAAUCGAAAAACUUGCAAAAAGUCUUAACUUUCCACUGAAGAAACUACUUGUUGUCCAUGGUUCAAAACGAUCAGCGCAUAGCAAUGCCUACUUAUACGGCUUUUGGAACAAUAAAUGUAUUGUGCUCUAUGAUACGUUAUUUGGUGAAGAAAUGAGGGCAAAACUAAAGGAGAAUGGUUGCUUUUCUACAGAGAAGGAAAAAAGUUUUGAUAAGGGUGACGAAGAAAUGAGGGAGAGUAAACUAGGUAUGCAAGACAAUGAAGUUUUGGCCGUCCUUGGUCACGAACUUGGACAUUGGGCUUUAUGGCAUAUAGCUGUCCACAUCGUUUUUAUUGAGAUGAAUUUGUUGCUACUACUUGUUAUAUUUGCGAAGUUUUAUCGCGCCACUUCGCUUUUCCAUGCAUUUGGCUUCUACGACUCAAAACCAACGAUUAUUGGAUUCAUGAUUGUUUUCCAGUAUAUCACCGCCCCGUAUAAUGAACUGUCCUCAUUCCUUUUGACGAUAAUGACGAGGCAUUUGGAAUUUGCAGCAGACCGUUUCUCAGAGAAACUUGGUUACGGAUAUGUCUUACGUAAAGCACUUAUCAAAAUUGGCAAGGAUAACUUGGUUUUGCCGAUUGACGAUCCGCUCUAUUCGAUGUUCAAUCAUUCACAUCCAUCAGUAUUAGAGCGGAUUACUGCCCUCGAAAAAGCUAAAUGA